CUUCAUCUCUCUCAGUCGGUUAACUUUCUACGAGCUUUUUAUUUAUUAUCAUCAUUUUAAUGCUACUCUUGAUUAAAUGAAUACACACACACAAUGAUUAGUUAAUUAUUAUUACGAUAAAAUCAUUUGUAACUUAAUUACUUUGAUAAUCACAUGUUAACCAGAAAGUCACAACAACAACAACGAUAAAUAUUGAACAUCAUCAAUUUAAUAAUCAUCUGUGUAACCUGUUGAUUAUUGAAGAGGAAACAAAAGUUUAAAUUGUUUUAAUUGUUUUUCGUCAUCUAAUUGAAUACAAAUAAUCAAUAAUAAUACCAAAAGGAUUUACAAAUGUUACCUAAUUGUGAAUUUUUAUUAACUUACUUUUCGUGGUUUUUUGUGUUUUCAGUUAUUUUCUUACAAUUAGCUGAUUGUCAACGAUCUGAUUUGGCCCAUCGCUCGAUACCCUGGACCGUUAGUAAUUAUCCUAAUCCAUGGAUAGAACCACGGAAAUGUGGACGGACUUUCCCGUCAAACAUUUGUGAUAUCGAUAAAUUAUUAACUACAGAACAAGUUGCGAAGAUCGAUAGAGUCCUUUGGGAGUACGGUCGAGAGGCCACUUGCCUUUGUGAUUCCUGUGGGAUCGCUGGACGUGGCCUCAAAACGUUGUUCGCGCUCAUGGGAGACGCCGAUGGGGUUUUAAGACAAGACGAAAUGUCCGAAAGAGGUUACAGAGGUGGUAGGAAAUUAACAUGGCAACAAUUUACUGAUUCCCUCAGGAAAAAGUAUAACCCUGGAGGUUGUGGCAAUGAUAUUGUUGUGGUCAUCUCACCAUUGGGUGGAGCGGUAUCACUCGGAGAAGUCGCCAAAAAGAUAUUGGAAAAAUCGUUCAUUUCAAAAUUAACCGAAAACGAUUUUCCAAAAUCACAAAAUGAACAAUACAAGUUCAUCGCCUCCAUAAUGGAUGAGAUUUUAUCCUUCGAUUUGUCUAAAGAAACUCCAGUUAAAAUCCCUUCCAAAUUUAUCGUUUCAAUUCCUCCAACCACAAUGCCGCCUAAUAAAGACGAGAAUAUCUUAAUUGCUGGUUUAGCACCACCAUUGUCUUCAUCCCCAUCUCCAUCCUCAUCCUCAUCUCCAUCUUCAUCUCCAUCCUCAUCCUCAUCAUCUGGAGUCAAUACUUGGGGUGCAAACAGGUACAUCGCUGCGGAGGAAGAUGAUGAAUUCAAGGUACCCGAAGAUAAUAAGAUUAGCUCAUCAUUAGCAUUCAUGAUCGUUGGUUCAUUAACAGUAAUCUUAGUUAGUUUAAUUGCUCUUUUCUUAAUCAUCUGGUAUUAUCGAACCAGAACCGGAAACAUUGAACCAAGUACAAUGAACGUUAAACCAGCAACAGAUGAGAAAACUUCAAGUGAUAUUAAAUCAGUUAAAUACGAACCAUGUAAAACAGAUGAACCUGGUUUACCUGUUUAAAUUAACAAUUAAUUAAUUACCUCAUUCUCCAUGAGAAACUUUGAUUGAUUCAUACAAACAA